CGAGAUCGAGUGAACACAGCACAACACAACACUGAACACAGAGAAUCAGCUCAGAGCAGAACAACAUAAUCCAGAAUGAGCACCGGCGCCGGACAAGUAGUUUGUGUUACCGGAGCUUCCGGUUACAUUGCUUCCUGGGUCGUUAAGUUUCUUCUCGAACGCGGCUACACCGUGAAGGCCACCGUUCGCGACACGAAUGAUCCCAAAAAGGUGGAUCAUUUGCUCAGCCUUGAUGGUGCGAAGGAGAGAUUGCAUCUCGUGAAGGCGAAUCUUCUAGAAGAAGGUUCCUUUGACUCUGCCGUUGAAGGUUGUCACGCUGUGUUUCACACUGCUUCUCCCUUUUUCGACGAUGCCAAGGACCCGCAGACUGAGUUGUUGGAUCCAGCUUUGAAGGGGACUCUGAAUGUUCUGAAAUCGUGCGUGAAAUCAAAGACGCUGAAACGCGUGGUUGUAACUUCUUCUAUUGCUGCAGUUUCGUUCAACGACAGGCCUAAAAACCCUGAUGUAGUGGUUGACGAGACUUGGUAUUCCGACCCAGAAUACUGUAAGAGAAAUGGGAUAUGGUAUAACCUUUCAAAGACUUUGGCCGAAGAUGCUGCCUGGAAAUUUGCAAAAGAGAACAAUAUUGACUUGGUUACAACGAACCCUGCAUUGGUUGUCGGACCUCUCUUGCAACCAGUACUUAACACUAGUUCUGCUGCAGUUUUAAAUUUAAUUAAUGGUUCGCCUACAUUUAAAAAUGUAACUUUGGGAUGGGUGGACGUGAGAGAUGUUGCAAUUACUCAUAUUCUGGCAUAUGAGAAUGCUUCAGCUAAUGGAAGAUAUUUACUAGUUGAAAGAGUGGCACACUUUUCAGAUGUUGUGAAGAUUUUACAUGAUCUGUAUCCAACAUUGCAACUUCCAGAUAAAUGUGUGGAUGAAAGGCCAUAUGAUCCAAUAUUCCAGGUUUCGAAGGAAAAAGCAAAGAGCUUGGGGCUUGAAUUUACACCUUUGGAAGUGAGCAUCAAGGAUACUGUGGAAAGCUUGAAGGAAAAGGGGUUUAUCAAAUUUUAAGGGCUUCUUAUGUUCAUGCUUAUGAAUAAUGUUACUGUAAAAUAAGACUUAUAUCAGAGCUGCUAAGUACUGAAAUAAGUUAUUCUUAGUGUGGUUUGUAAGAGUUGACCAUUUAGUGUGUCCUGGUAUAGUUCGCAUUACAGAUCUUAUACUAUAUAUAUUACUAGAAAAUAUCUGUUGCAACUAAUGCAUUACAUUUGUAUCAUUUGUGGCUCUAGUGGAAAAUUCAGUUGGGAAAUUCAAUGCUACUAAUUCAAACAAUCGAA